UUUUGAUUAGCUAAUUAUAAACUUAAUUAAAAACUCCAUUGAAAAAAGAAAAACAAUAAUAAAAAGAAGACCAAUUUUCAAUUUGUUUUCGGCGACAUUACAAUCCAAAAGACAUUCUUGUGUGUUGUGUUUCUUUAUUUUUAGUAUUAAAAAAAACCAGAUUUAAUCGGGACACGAACAAAAGAGAAAAGAAAAAUCAAAAUUUUUGACCUUUAUGAACCCUAAUUUUGGGUUGGUCACUCUCUCUCUCUCUCUUUCCUUUCCCAAAAUUGGAUUCAAAGUUCUUUCUUUUUGUCUUCCUCGUACAUCACAGCAUCAAGGGUUUUCGACAUUACCAGCUAUUAUGCUUGAAUUCGUGAGUUUUUUAAAGGUUUCUUCUGGGGUUGUUUGUUUGUUGUCUGAAGAAUUUCUCUGUUUCCUUCUCGACUUUCGUUAUAAAGUUGAAAUCUUUGAUGUAUUAGAGGUCUUCUUUCUAGAUUCUGGGUUUCAUAAAUAGGUAUAUUUAUGUUGCAUUCGUUCUUUGAAUUGGAGAAAAUAUAAAUAAAGUUCGAAGCUUUUUCUCGUUUAGCUUGUUCCAGAAAUUAGAGGAUUUACGAAAUAUGAUUUUAAGGAGGACGCAAGGAGUUAAAAGAGCAAGUCUUUUGAGUUGAGGAAGCUUCUGUAGAGGAUUAUUAUUUCAGGGGAAAUUUAAGGGUUUGAUCAGCUUUUGUGUGUUGUGCGGGAUGGAUCAAAUUGUUUCAGGAGAAGAAGAAGAUCUUGAUGUAGAUAUUGAAGAUGGUAGAUUCAAUGAGACACAAGAGAUAACGACGAAUCUUGUUUCAGCGGAAGGGGAUUCAGAGAAUGUUUUGAAUCAUGUUUGGAGUGGACGUUUGAGUUUUGAUGGGUCUGAAAAGAGUGCUGAUGAUCUAGUAGACCCUUUAAUGGGAGAGGGAAAGCGGAGAGAAAGAAGCAGUCAAAGUUUGGAUCUUUCGGAUAUGAAGUUUGAUAAUGAUAAGUUUAAGAAGACGAGAAAACCUUCAAAGCCACCGAGGCCUCCAAAAGGUCCGUUACUGAGUGCUAAUGACCAGAAGUUGAUGAGGGAAAUCACGGAGCUUGCUAUGAGAAAGCGUGCUCGGAUUGAACGGAUGAAAACACUCAGAAGAUUGAAAGCAGCAAAGUCCUCGUCUCCCUGCAGUAGCAUUUUCGCCAUGAUAGUGACGGUUAUAUUCUUCGUCUUCUUAAUCUUUCAAGGGUUCUUCACAAGCAAUGCGAGUUUGAAUUCUGACAAUUCACCUGCACCAAAUAAUUCAGCUAAUAACCGUAUGGUCUCUGUUCAGUUCUACAAUGAGUUUGCUCCUCGUGAGAGAAUCGAUCCCAGCCCUACUACUUCUUUCAGGUAUAAGAGAGUCUCAGGUGCAGACAAUGAAGAAAACACAAGAGAAGUUACCAGAUGAGUUUCUUCUCUUUGGAUUCUUGUAAAAUGUAACCAAAAACACUACUUAUGUUUUUGUUUGUUCGUAAAUUCUUGACAUCACUCUAUUGUUCCUUUGAUCUGUUUGUGUUCACAUGUUUGUCUCUCUGUUACUCUUCUUGUAAAUAUUCUUAUGGAUGAAUCUGCUCAUUUUUUUGUCCUUAGCUUCGAGGUUAGGUUUGUACAGCGACUGACUCUUAUGACCUAAACAAUGAUGCUGAUGGUGAUUGAUGAUGAUGGCUAGGCUUUCAUUGAUUGUUUCAUGCUUUUUAUAGGCAUCAUUAUCUGAAGAAAUUAAGGGAAAAGAUAAUGAUUAUUGAUGAUUGAUAAUGAUGAUGAUGCUCACAUCACAUCUUUGAUUGAUCUUUCAUGUUUUAAAGGCAAAGAAAAUCAACAUUAUAAGCAAAAGAAUAUCAAGAUAGGUUUGUGAUAUUAUGUGACUAAUCAAAGAUCCGA